AUGCGCGCAUUCGUGGUACUCGCCUGUGUGGCGUUGGCUUACGGCCGCCCAGAGCCACCAGUUGGUUACAGCUACCCAUCUCCAAGCAAAGGUUCCGCAUCAUCCGGCAGUUUUGGUUUCUCAUCUAUAGGACUCGGAAGCAGUCACUCUGGAGUAUCAUUUGGUGGACUUUCUGAAGGACAUUCAUCCGGUGGAAUAUCACUUGGUGGUGGUCUUUCUUCUGGUGGAAUUUCUUUAAGCAGCGGAAGCAUUGGAGGUGGAAUCAGCGGUGGAAUCGGAGGAGGUUUCAGCUCUGGAUUUGCCGGUGACUCCGGUUUUGGUGGUGGUUCUUUGGGUGGCGGAUUCUCAAGCGCUCCCAUCGUUCAAAAGCAUGUCUACGUACAUGUUCCCCCACCAGAGCCCCAAGAACAGAGAAUUCCUCGUAUCACCCCAGUAGCACCACCACAGAAGCACUACAAAAUUAUCUUCAUCAAGGCACCUACCCCUCCUACCCCAGUAGCUCCCAUUAUCCCAGUGCAACAACAAAACGAAGAGAAGACCCUUGUUUACGUACUUGUCAAGAAACCCGAAGAGCAACCCGACAUUGUUAUCCCCACCGCUGCACCAACUCAGCCCUCCAAACCUGAAGUAUACUUCAUCAAGUACCAGACCCAAAAGGAAUCUGACGCUGGAAUCAGUGGCGGUAUUGGUGGUGGCGCUAUCGGCGGUGGCUCUAUCGGCGGUGGGUCUUUAGGUGGUUCAGUUGGUGGUGCUGAUCUCGGCGCUAUCAGUGGUGGAUCAGGAAUCGAGGGUUCCUUACUCAGUGGCUCUGCUGGUCACGGGGGUGUAGAGAUUUCUUCUGAUUUUGGCGCUUCAAGUGGUGUUGAAAGCGUUUCAUCCAGCGGACAUGGCGGAGCUGCCAGCUCUCAAUACGGACCUCCCGGCCACAUCGCAGGACCACUUCACUAA